GCCCGGCUCGGGGAAAGUGAAAGUUUUCCAGGGGGCUCUCUGCGCCGCCGCGAGUCCCUCCUCACUCCUGGGACAGCAGCGCGGCCCUCGGCCGGGGCGUGGACUCUGCAGCGGCCAGCGAGCGAGCGAACGAGAGAGCGAGGGCGGCCGACGCGCCCGGCCGGGACCCAGCUGCCCGUAUGACCGCGCGGGGCGCCGCCGGGCGCUGCCCUCCCACGACAUGGCUGGGCCGCCUGCUGCUGCUGGCCUGUCUCCUCGUGAAGAGUACUACCGAGGAGGUGUCGGAGAACUGUAGCCACAUGAUUGGGAACGGACACCUGCAGUUCCUGCAGCAGCUGAUUGACAGUCAGAUGGAGACCUCGUGCCAAAUUGCCUUCGAGUUUGUAGACCAGGAGCAGUUGAAUGACCCCGUGUGCUACCUUAAGAAGGCAUUUCUCCUGGUGCAAGAUAUAAUGGAGGACACCAUGCGCUUCAAAGACAACACCCCCAACGCCAUUGUCAUUGUCCAGCUCCAGGAACUCUCUCUGCGGCUGAGGAGCUGCUUCACCAGGGACUAUGAAGGGCAGGACAAGGCCUGUGUCCGAACUUUCUAUGAGACGCCUCUCCAGUUGCUGGAGAAGAUCAAGAAUGUCUUUAAUGAAACAAAGAAUCUCCUUAAAAAGGACUGGAACAUUUUCAGCAAGAACUGCAGCAAUAGCUUUGCUAAAUGCUCCAGCCAAGAUGUGGUGACCAAGCCUGAUUGCAACUGCCUGUACCCCAAAGCCACCCCUAGCAGUGACCCGGCCUCUGUCUCCCCUCAGCAGCCCCUCGCCCCCUCCAUGGCCCCUAUGGCUGGCUUGACCUGGGCUGACUCUGAGGGGACAGAGGGCAGCUCCCUCUUGCCCAGAGAGCAGGCCCUCCGCACAGUGGACCCGGGCAGUGCCAAACAGCGACCACCCAGGAGCACCUGCCAGAGCUUUGAGUCACCAGAGACCCUGGGCGUCGAGGGCCACCCCACUGGAGGUUCACCUCAGCCCCAGCCCUCUGUCGGAGCUCCUGUCACUGUGAUGGAAGACAUUCUUGACUCUGUGCUGGGCACUAACUUGGACCUGGAAGAGGCCUCCGGAGAGGCUAGUGAGGGUCUUAUACCCCAAGGGGCAGAGCUUGCCUCCCGCACGUUGUGGAGAGGCAGCGUCCAGGCAGAGACUGCCAGGACCAGCCGUCUCCUCUCAGCAUCUUCACCACUCUCUGGGUCAGGAAAGGGCUGGCAGCCUGCGGAUGUAACUAGCACACCACUGCCCAUGGUGGGCCCCGUGAGACCCACCGAGGCCUGGAGUCACACACCUGAGAAUGCAGACCAUUCAUCUGCCUCGCCCAGAGACCACCAGGAGCCAGGCUCUGCCGGGACCCCAGCACUGCACCCGCACGGCCUCAGCAGUCCCUCUGCCCCCUCUUCUCAGCCAAGGCUUCCCAGAAGCCAUUCCCGGGGCAACGUGCUGCCCCUUGGGGAGCUGGAAGGCAAGAGGAGCACCAGGGACCGGAGGAGCACCGCAGAGCUGGAAGGAGGACAAGCAAGUGAGGGGGCGGCCAAGCCCCCAGCCCGUUUUAACUCCGUUCCUUUGACUGACGCAGGCCAUGAGAGGCAACACAAGGAACCCUCCGACCCCCAGCUCCCCGGUUUUGUCUUCCGCCUGCUGGUGCCCAGCAUCAUCCUGGUCCUGCUGGCUGUCGGCGGCCUCCUGUUCUACAGGCGGAGGCGGCGGAGCCAUCGAGAGCCUCAGACAGUGGAUUCUCCCAUGGAGCAACCAGAGGGCAGCCCCCUGACCCAGGAUGAGGACAGACAGGUGGAACUGCCAGUGUAGAGGGAAUUCUAAGCUGGGCGCGCAGGACAGUCUCUCCGUGCGAGGAGACGUUAUGGGGAUAUCCACCACCACCCCUCCC